AUGAAUUUCAGACGGCUGAGCGCGAACCUGCUUGUGUGCUGGCUGGUACAGAUAUACGUGGAGAGGAAGCGCCCGCAUUCGAAGGCGCCGAAGCUGCCGCCCACGAAGAAUGACCAGAAUGGAGACCCGUCUGGACUGACGAACAGCGUGGACUCGCUGGUGGAGAACAUCCUGGAAGUGGUGCACUACCUGGAGGACAUGAACAAUUACAUCAUCGACUUUAAGAAGGAGCUGCAGAGCAAAUUCGAGCACCUGGUGCAGCACGACGCCAAUCUGUAUGAGUCCUACGAACAUAACGAAAAUAUUUUGACCCAGAUUUACGCCUACAAUGAGAAUAAGCUGCACAGGUACUCCAAAUAUUUGGAGAAUCUGAAGAACGUCAAACUGGAAAUGUUUAAUGAUACGAUUAAUAAUAUCCAGAGGGAGAAUAUUUACUACGUCAAUUUUGUGUACAAGAAUUUUCUCUCCAAGAUUGACCUGCUGAGCGAUCUGAACAAGAAGAAACUCGACAAGGAGCGGCGCAAGAACCUGCGCGAGCUGAACAAGUACCUGGAGGAGCUGAAGAACAAGAUGAUGAACAUGGAGCAAAAGUUCAGCCAAGUGAUAAAGGAGAAGUCGGAGUGCAUACGGAGCUCGAACCAAGAAAACAUAAGCAGGUUCGAGACGUCCGCCACGGACUACCUCAACGGAAACAGCAACUUUGACACCUUCUCCAGCUACGUAAUAAAUGACUUCCUCCUAAAUGGAAAAAGAAUUAACGUCCUGAAUUAUGAAAACAACUCCUUCUUCAAGAGCAACUUUUUGUAUUUCAAUUUUUUGCACAAUUAUAUUAAGGCCAAAAAAAAUGAAAAAAUUUUAAAUAUCUACAUCUAUUUGAAGGACCCCCUGAUAAAGGAGCACGAGUUGUCCUACCUCAACUACUACGUCAUCGUGGACCUCCACAUUGUGGACGUGAUUGUGAAAAAUGUGGAGCUGCUAGCCAAAGCGAAAGGGAAAAGUCCUAGCGAUUUUAACGAUGUGCUUAUCUGCGUGGACAACUACACAGUCAAGUACAACGUCCUCUCGAGCAACAUUUAUUUGGACCUGCAGCCGGACAUAAAGAAUUUUUUUUCGAGCAGUAAUGCAAAUAAAAUUGACGAGAAGAAGAUUCAGGAUAUUCUGGCCCAGCUCAGGAAGAAGAACAAGGCCAAUUAUGAGAACACUAUUUUUGCCGAUGAGUAUUAUAGGAGGGAGGCCGGCGGGGAGAAUCCAACUGGGGAGAAGCCGACUGGGGAGAAGAAGCCGACCGGGGGGAGCGGCCACCCUAAUUUGUACCUCAUGAAGAAGAACAUCUUCUUCGACUCGAAGAAGGAGUACUACAAGAAGUUCCUCUCCUUCUACACGUACGAGGAAAUAUUUCGCAUCCUCUGUAGCGACAACAGCAGCUGCAGUUUGAACAUCCUCAAUUCGCUGGACCACGUGAAUAAGAACACGUUCAUCUUGAAGAGCCACCUGACUGUUAAGAGCGAGCUGAAGAGGUUUUUCCAGGUCAACCAGAGCGAGCUGCUCAGCAGCAGGCGCAGGACGGAAGAGGCGAGCGUGGCGAGUGAGCUAAACGAAGCGAGCGAAGCGGUUAAGCCGACUCAACCGGGUGCUUCUCCCCAACUGGGUGUGCCUGGCCAAGCGGGCGCUUCUCCCCAACUGGGUGCUUCGCCCCAACUGGGUGUGCCUGGCCAAACGGGUGCCUCUCCCCAAGCGGGCACGACCCCCACCCCAAACGUGUGCCCCGUGCAGAAGCCAAACAUAUUCUCCCCCAGCAGCGACAUGUGCCCGAGGCCGGCGGGGAAGAACCCCCAACCAGUUCAGUGCAGUCAAGACAACUUCAUCAACAUGAGCAAUGUGGAUGACUACCUGAAUACCUACUACGUGUCCUACCACGAGUCCUUCAAGGUGGUGAAGCGGGAGCAGUACUACUCCAUCCUUUCGCACAUUUUUGAGAGCUACUUGAGCAAAGCGGACUCUCCCGAAAUGUCUGGCAAGUUUCCCCACCUGAGGAGCAGGAACAACAUCUCCAUCAACUACCUGGGGAUGCUGCCCGAAAUUGUGAAGGCGUACAAGACGUUCAAGUACUGCAACUCGCUGUACGCGCUGGGGAACACCUACAUCCGCAAGGGGACCCAGGAGGAAAUGGUGGCGGAGGCGGAGGCGGAGGCGGAAGUGGAAGCGGCGGGGGCAGGAGCAGGGCCAGACGGGGAGGACGACCCGGAAGAGGAGGAGGAAGAGGAAGAGGAGAACAACGGUGCGAAUGCCAACGCGGAGAAGGGAAACCCCGGAGAAGCGGGACCACUGCAGCCGCACAGCGAAAUUACCAACGAAAUCGCCUUCCUCAAAAGGAACAACCACAAGUACAUGAAGCUGUUCCAGCAGCACGUGGAGGAGGAAAUCAAAUUCAUAAACUUCUUCGAAGUGCUCAUAAAAAAAAAAGUAGCCGUCAUUUUGGAGAAAAACGAAUUCCUAAAGCUCUACAUUUUCUACGGGAAGAAGAAGCUCCCCAAUCUGCCCUACACAAACUUAUUCUUCAACUGCAGGACAAUAAUCAAAAUUGAGGUCCUCAGAGAUGUGAACACGAAGCAGAUAAUAUACUCUAGUAGGUCCUUCUUCCUGGAGACUUUAAUAACAUUAAAGGAAUAUAAAAUAAAAAACGAAAGCGCCUACAUUAUUAUUGAGACUUCAGAUGAAAAGAGCUCCAUUAAGAAGAGACUCAAGAUGGAAAUGCUCUCCAGGAUAUCCCCCAUGUCGCAUAUAAAUGCCUAUAUCAUUUCAAACAACGGGAGGGAGACCGUCUACCACAAGGGAAACGUGUACCAGCGGUCUGCCAAUGACAUAAAGGAAGUGAUCAGCGACAUUCGCAACGAUUUUCUCAACAUCAUCCUCCCGCAGUACAAUAUGUUCGACCUGUUCGACAGCCACAUUUACAUCAUCAUUUGUUUGAAGAACGAGAAUUGCUAA